AUUUUCUUUACAGUGGUGGUGAUGAGAACCAGGCGGUGACAAUAAGCAAUUCCAGUGAACCUAGACGUGUUUUCUAAGUGUAACGUUACAGAACCAUUCAGACGCUCGCGGAUAAAAAGACCAAAAAAUGCUUUACUGUUUGAAUCAUCAAUCAAACUCGUUCUCAGAAAACAGGCACAGGUCAAAUCCAGAAAGGCCAGAGAGUAAAGAAACACAAACAUAACAGGCAAAAACAACCCAAAACGGGUCAGGCAUAAACAGGUGAGUCAAUAUACAGCUAAUGAGUGGUCGCGGGUGUAACAGAUCAGUACUCAGGAGAGAGAGAUCUGUGAUUGGAGCAUGGUGGAGGGUCAGGAGUCAUGGGAUCUCCCAGAGGAUUCUGCGAGAUGGAGUCCAGGGAAACCUCUGAUCCAUAGCGAUGCGUGACACUGAGUUGUUUGCUGUAAUGCUGAUGCUGGUAAAAUAGUGGUAAAUCUGGGACUCUUUUUUUGCAAAAGCUUCUCAAAACUAUCGCUAAAGAACGUCUCAGGCAUCAGGCAGCGUGUUUGUAACUAUUUCAGAAGGGCUCCGUGAAAGUUAGGUUUUAGAGGCGUUAAACUCUUUGGACGUCUGGUUCCUAUCACUACCGCUGUAAAUAAUUCAGAUAAGGCAGGUUCCUUUAGAACAGAGCACUUCACGUCAAACCACUCUGAAUGACUUUGUUUACGUCUUAAUGAUUCAAUUAUGCAGACAUUUUAAAGAAUUAGUGGGAUUCCCCUUUAAAUGAGAAUAAUCGUGUCAGGAGUUUGAUUUAUAGCUAGUAAUGCAUGAUUCUCACAAAUGUUUUGACUUCCUGUCUGUAAACUCUAGCGUCUGACUGACCUGAGCGCCUCCUGAUGGGGGAAGCGAAUGUGAAGAACUUUUAACCUAUUAAAUUAAUAAACACGUGUCACUGCGCAUGACGUAUCGCUUCUGAACAGACUGACUGGAAUCGCCUACAGUCCUACAACCUGGACAAAUGUCUGCACAGGAGCAGAGCGGUUCUGAGUUCUUGCAGGCCAGCAGCCUGGUCGAGUGUCCACCACAGAAACCUGUGAAACAGAAACAGGAUUCUUUAAUGUAGAUGUCUGAUUAGGGCGUCACAGCUCCAGGCUGGUUGCCUUAGUUAGAUAUUAACCCCUCACUGAGGAGUGCGCGUGAGCAGGAGAGCCGAACACUUGAGAGAUCAAAGGCCUCCAGACCAAUAAGGAAUUGAUCUGAACACCACUCUGGACGGCGGCAGUCUCUCAUCUUCAUCUUCAGUAAUUACAAUAGACUACCAGGAGAACUCCAGAAAGACGAUUAUUCAAGACCUUCACGCCAUAUCGACUGAUUUCUUCAUGGUGACAAGUAUUCGCCCUGUGUGGGAUUCUCCUGCAUAAAGUCUCCAGAGGUUCUGCUGGUCGCCUGCCAGGAGGCCUCUGGAAGGAAGCUAUCACGUGACUUGAGAUGCCAGUGUUUUGCCAGAAGCCCGAACAGCCGCGAUGCAGCUAAUGAAACCCUUCCAGACAAUGCAGAGCAAGUUAUACAACAUCGGCUCCGGCGCCUCGUUUCAGAGUGACGGCACGUUGGGACACAGUGACGCUCCCCGGGAAGACCACCGACAGAAGAAUGUUUGUCCAUUACUGUACCUUGGAAACGACACCCCGAAUCACCUAAAGAAGAGCAGCGAGGACACUACUCUUCUCAGCCUUCCCGGUGAAUCUCACCACAGCUUUAUAGCAUCACCCCUCCAUCUCCCUGCAUCACCAGCGCUACACAGCUCCUCUCUGCACAGCGGCCACAUCAGCACUGCUUCAAAGCUCAGCUUUACUUUUGACGGCAAGCAGAUCUUCCCCUGGAUGACAGAGUCUAAGAGAAAUCCCAAACAGAAAAGUCACAGCUUCUGCGAUGCUUCUGUUAAUGGCUCCAAAAGAACUCGCACUGCGUACACGAGCGCCCAGUUGGUGGAGCUGGAGAAGGAGUUCCACUUCAGCCGCUACCUGUGCAGGCCUCGGCGCCUGGAGAUGGCCAGUCUGCUGAACCUCAGUGAGAGACAGAUCAAGAUCUGGUUCCAGAACCGAAGGAUGAAACAUAAAAAAGACAAUAAACUGAAAAGAAAGCCCCCCUCUCCCAACGCAAGCCCGCCCCGUUCCCUGCGAACGAACGUUAAUAACCCGCCUUCAGAGACUCUGAAUUCUCAGCCUGUUAGCGCUCCUCAAAGCCGUGUGUCCACUAGCAGCCAGGUUUUCCGAAAUCGCGUGGAUUCUUGGUGUCACACGCAGAGAAAUAGAUCUACAAAUGACUCGAACUCUCCAUUUGUAAAUGAUGGUGAUGGUGUUGUCUUCAAUGACCACGGCUGCUUCAGUUAUGUGGAGGGUAACCAAGGGGCUUUUAUGACCUCCUGCGCGCCCCCAAUCCACAGAUUUACUCAUUUUUCACACGUUUUGUCUCACAGUAGAGUUGAGCAGCACGAAAGCUGUCUGAAUCGCAAAUCCUGGUCCUCUGCUCAGCUCUAAAGCCAUUUAAUUUACUCUUCAGCCGCUUUGGCUCCCUUACUAAACAAAUCAAACGUUU